AAGACACUGAGAUAAGAAAGCCAGAGACUAUGAGGCUGUUCCUGCUCUAUAUCUGUGUUGGUGCUGCAGUAAUCCCCAGUCUGUCUGGGGCGGUCAACUUUAAGGAUGUGUCCAAAACCCUUGGAGAGGUGUUCCGGGCAACUGGGGAAGAUUUUCUGAAAAAGCUCAAUUCGACAGUCAGGGACGUCGUCCAUAAAGGAGUUGAUGACGUCAAGAUGCUGGCCAGUCAGGGAUUCCAGGCUCUCGUGCUAAACUACAUGAACGAUCGACAGAAACAGAAGGACCAGAAAACAAGCAGAGAUAUAAGUGAUGAUGUCAAGGGGACAACUCAACUUAUUACACGUAUCCUCCGGAUGCUGGACAACGCUGAACAAGACUUCCAUUACGUCAACAACGUUCUCGGCGACAGUCUUAACCAGACCAUCAGGAAUGUUGUUUCCAUGGCAACAGGCAUAGACGAUGUCAAGAAAAGGCUGGAGAAAACAAUAAAGUCUCACAGCCAAUAUGCAGACUCCUUCAUCAGGGAAACAGUGAUGGCGAUGGAGAAGCUGGUGAUACAGCAUCAUCAAAAGACCGGAAGUGGCGCCUUCACCGACUUCAUCGGCAGCAUGAGCCAGAGAGCCACCCAAGCACUGACACCGAUGAUAGACGGGCUCAAAACGAUUGUUAGACAAGCCGGGGACAUUUUCUCUAAAACAUCUGAAACGAUGAUGUCAAACACGUUCGCUUCAUCCACGCAGCCAAGUGACCAGAUACGCUCUCUGCUGACUCAGGGGGAAACGAUGGUAUCAAUGCUGAAGCAGAAAGUGAUGUCUGACAUAGAUGGCGUGGUCGCAACGUUCCAACACGCCACACUAUGAAGUUGACGGUGUUAUAGGUUCUGCAUCUAUCACAGUAUACGCGUCGGUGUCUUGUGAAUAAAGACGUUUGAAACAAAAAAA